AUGGUCGGCUUUGAAAGCAUUAAUCUCCAGUCAAAUUUGUAUGAUUCCGAUAGCGGUGAAUCGAACUAUGAUGAAAAAAACACGCACCAAGUCGACUAUACUUUUUCGCUAUUUCCGCCUCACUCUCCCUCAUCCAAAGCAGAGGCGACCAGUCAAAAAGAUCCGCAGAGGUCUCCCAAGAAACAGGCAUAUGUGGAUAAGGGACAAAAUUUAACAUUCAAAGAUGUGGCUGACCAAUAUAUAUCAAGCUGUCUAGCGAACGCUGGUACAAGUUCCAAGCAAUCUAAACUCACCAGGUACGGGUUGAACAAGAAUUUUAAUUCCAACAAAGUAAAAGGUGGAAUCAACCCGCCCAUAGUCCACAGGUUUGGAUCUAGACUCCUUGCCAUGCGUACGCCAUGGAGACUGCGCACUAACGAGAUGAACGGUCGUAACAAUUCUUUCGAAAUAACCGCAUUCUUGCGAGUCCUCGAACGUAUAUCACAUGAAUAUUUGCUAGAUAAUUACAUGAAAGGGGAGUAUGACGUGGAUUCAUCACAAUGCGACUACUCAAAUGUCACUUACGGAUUGGAUGAAUUUUUCAAUUCUGUGUACUCUAAAGUGGAUUAUAUACUGCCCAAAGCGGAAGGGAAAUGGGCGUAUGAUAUGGAUAAGUCCUCAGAUGGCAUGAAUUCCAUGAAUAUUCCAGUCAGUAUCGGAGGAAAUGUAUAUUACCUAAAAGAUUUUGGUUUAUGUACUGGCAACAAUUACCACCAAAAAUUUGCCAUUUGGGACAUAAAUUUAGAUUCGCCCAGCCUCAGUGACGAGCACGGGGGGCUAUUUAACAACCAAAUUUUACUGUUCAAAAUGCAUCCCCUGGGAUUUCCAUGUCUAAACUACAUCCUCUCCUUUACGAAUAGUCUACUAUUUUGGUUAAAACUAAACGAACAUAGUCACUUUGCAGUUAUUAACUAUGCAUCUCUCAACUACACUUCGUUACUCAUUAUGGCUUGUGCGGCUCUAGCUUCCAAUAAUAAAUUGUCUCUAGGUGAUAUUGAAAACGCAAUUCUCACUUCAUUGGAUUGGAGAAGUAAAUGUAGGAGCUUUGAUCCAAACUUUAAAAAUGCCGCUAAGGAUGGAAAAAAAUGCAUGAGUAUGGAUUCACUGAGGGAUAGUUUGAAUCAGUGCAGUGGAAGAUCGCCUAAAGAUGAUGAUCACUACACCCAAAAGAGCCCAGAAAAGUGCCUCAAUUUCUUUCCAGACUUAGAGAGGGAGGAGGAGAAAAGGUUGGGCGUUCCAAAGAUGUACCAUACAAAAAUUGCCCAAGAGUGUGAUGGCCUAUAUCCCAUCUCCCUUUGGCCUCCUAGUCACAGGAGAUAUUUGGAAUAUUUUAAGAGGAUAAUAACCACACCACAGGAAAAGUUUUGUGAGAUCCAAAUAAAGCCGUUUAGGAUGGAGAAGAUAUUUUUCACAGACUUCUUCCAAGUGCAAGCAUUUCAAACAAACGCUCCUGGUACUAAGAGUUUCACCAAAUCGCUCCUGGAUUCAGUGCUCCGCACCUCAGAUGAUUUUUUUUCUAUCGAAAUAUAUGAGUUGGAUUUUUAUCACAAAAUGGUGAGGAGUGGCGAAUUUGAUACUCCAACUACACCUAAUUUAUACCAUUCGCAGCAAGUGCCCUGCAGCUACGGACGCUACAAACCACUAUUGUUCCCAGAUUCCGAAUGCGGUUCCCCGUUUGAACCCAGAGAAGCCAGUGGUUUUGCCCCAGGCAUUAGGUUAAAGUGCUGUAAUCACGAUUACAAUGUGAUCGGAAUAGAAAACUACGAUGGCAGUAGCACUGACGAAUGUAUCCCUGUGGCAAUUGAUUUCUUGCAUGACCGUGAGGGAAAUACCAGGAACCUGGUCAUUGCUGGCGAUGUUGUUAUGUGCUUAAUCGGGCACUAUAAGCGUUCAACCAGGCAAAUACUAGCCACCUAUUCGUUUAACACCGCGUUUGUUGGCAAUGAUGAUAGUUGCGUGCUUGAGCUGGAGCCAGUGGAUUUUGACCUAUGGAAUCAGCAUAAUUGGAUGAUUCAUGGCUAUGGACUGAGGGACUGCAUGGAUGACUUUGGUCUCAAGUAUAAAAAUACCCAAAACUCUUUCAUCAACUCAAAUGGCAAGGUAACCGUGGUGUUGCAGCGUUUGGAAAGUAAUGUGUUUGCACAGCCCACAAAAGCGCUACAAUUUGAUGGAUCUGGAAUUGGGUGGACUAAAUCAAUAUCCAAACUCAAAACCCGAUUCCUCAACACUAGCGUUGUGUCUACUUUAGCUUCUUUUAAUCCCACUGGAGGGAGUAAUAUGUACUUACCGCCCUGUGUUAGCUAUCAAGUCUCAACCCCGGAUAAAUUGCCAUAUAUAGCUAGCCCAUUUCCUUCGAUAGCCGAUUAUCUUGUAUCUCACAUAGUACCGAUUGGGGAACAAAGUGUCGUAUUUUUAUCCGACGCUACCCACGUGGCCCCCGAAAAAUGUUUGGUGGCACUAAAAAUCUUCCAAUCCGAUUAUGUAGAAUCACUUAAGUUUGUAAAAACUUAUUUCAAAGACGCUACUCGCACAGAUAGUGUUGAUGAUGCCAUCAUAGAUACUGUAAAAUACAAGUCCAAGGAGGCCUUUGAAGAUAGUGAAUCGAAUGUGGAAUCAGGUUCGGCCAUCGAAGGCGGUACGGAUACGGUUAUGGUCAAAACUUCCCUUCGUGAAUUUGUGAGGAAAAUUUCUGAGGCAGAGAAGGAAAGGGAGAAGCUGGACAAGUUUGACUCGGAUAUGCUGAAGAAGUUAGAAAGACUUGAAAGAUUGGAGAAAGAGCUGCUGGAGAAGGAGAGAUUGGAGAAGGAGAGAUUAGCAAGGCUGGAGCAGUUAGAGAGGGAAAAGAAGGAAAAAGAAGAGAAGAUGGAACAAUUGGAGAGGGAAAAGAAGGAGGCUCUGGAAAAGGCAGUUGAGUCAAAAAUGCUGGUUACUAAAGUUUCUUCAUCCGAAACAGUGCCUACUAUUGUGUCAACAAUACAGGUGCCCGUUGGUGGUGACUCCAAGGGUACUAUAAUCAUUACACACAAAGAGGGGCCAGAUGUAACCGCCAGUGUGGCUGAGGCCAAGGCGGCGGCUAUGGCUGCGGAUGCCAAGGCGAUGGCUAUGGCCGCAGAUUCAAAGGCGGCGGUUAUACAAGCCGUAAGUCAAUCCAAGCUCGCUCCGCCUGCUCCAGAAUCCAAGAUCCCCCCCGAGGACAAGCCCAAAGCUAAAGAUGUUGUGGAAACAACGAGUGCGCCAAAGUCCAAGACGAUGAUGAAAAAGGGAAAGGGGAAGAAAAUGAUGGCCCCGCCGAAAAAGUUGCUGCCUAUUCCAAAGCCUGCCAGCGCCGCCAAAACCAAAUCUCCCUUUGGUUUCAAAUUGCACUGGAAGCCCAUCACUGGCAAAAAGCUCGAAGAUUCUAUAUUUAACAAAAUGGAGACUGAAGAUAGGAAGGGCAUUAUUGACACAAGCAUUGUGAAGCGUCUUUUUAGCAGAGUGAAAGAGGAUGGCAAUCCAAAGGAUGAAGGGGCGGUCAAAGAGGUUAAGGAGAAGAAGGAGCAAGCCGUCACUGUGUUUGAUCACAGACGGGCGCAGAAUUUGGCGAUUUUAUUACGCGCAGAUUAUCCUCUGGAUAUAUUGGUGGAGAUGCUGGAGAAAUUACGUGUCACUGGUAUACCAAAUAUCUAUAAGCCCACUUCUGAUGACCAAGGGAAAAUACCCACGGCAUUAGAUGUUGAUCUAAUUGCUAAGUUAAAACAAUCAUGUCCAACCAGUGAAGAGGCAGAGGCCUUGAAUGAGAUUGAAGGAGAUCCUGUGAAGAUGGAAAAAUUGCGUGACAUUGAAAAGAGGAUGAUACCUCUCGCUAAGGUAAAGAUGAUGAUGCAAAAGCUACGCGUUUGCGAAUUCACGGCCACUUUUUUAAAUCGCAUAGAGGAGGGUAUAAACCAAUUGAAUGUGCAUCUUACUGCCUGUAAUGAUGUUCUUACCAGCACACAAUUGCCAAUAUUUAUGUCGGCGGUUCUUGAGUGGGGAAAUUUUGUCAACCAUGGUAGCUUUGAGUUUGUGACAAAAGGGUUUGCAUUGUCUUCUGCUGCCAGACUGGCAGACUUCAAAUCGCUAGACCAAUCGCUAAGUUCUCUUCACUAUCUAUUGGUAAAUUUGUGUGUCAAGUUUCCUGCGCUGUCGCUUGAGACGAUGGCCCAAAGGUUGAGUUCCGUGUUUGAAGCUCAACGUACGCCCACAAAUUCUGUCACUGAGAUAAUGGGUGAAGUAUCAUCCGAGCUUAACUUUUGUAAUAACUUUUACAAACAGGUGCAGAUGGCUGAAAAAGGCGUUUAUGAUCCUGAAUUCGUCGAUAGGCUGUCUUUGAUACUCGCAGAAGGCGAGAGGAUAUUUGGGAAUCUAAAAAAUCACAAAACACAUGUACACGAUCAAAUUCUUAGGGUUUGGGAUUAUUUAGGGGAGGAGUGGAAAUCUCAAGACCCCCUAGAAAGCAUAUUUGAGACUCUGUGGCAUUUGCUGAAGACGGUAGAAAAUAGUUUUGAAGACAUUGCCAAGAAACCCGAUAAAUACUUAAUUGCUUUACAGUGCCCACACGAACAGUCGAAACUCAGAAAUAUAUUUGUCUCCAAGGGUAAAAGGACCAAGGCUAAAACUUGA